CUUUAUUGACACAGCUCUCGUGCACAGGUGUCUGGUUGUCCUUCAGUCCGCGAGGCUUUCUGUCUGAGCUAGCCGCUGCUCCUGCUCGUUUCUUGGCGUACUUUAAAUAACAGUACGUUAAAAAAAACUACGCAGCUCUGAACCAUGGCGGCACGGAUUCUGCCCGUAGUGAAACUGGCCACCAAGGUGACCAUCGCAGGAGGAGCUCUGUAUGUUGCCUGUGACUCUGGGCUGUUGGGGAGCGGUGAGCAGGGCUCCGUGGCCCUGGAGAAGGCCAAAGCUGCGAUACCCCCGGCCAUAGAGGAGUGGAUGAAGUACUUUGGUCUGGAGGCUCAGCUUCCAACCAUACCCAAGAUUGAAUUCUCCCCCGUUCAGGCGUGGAACUCUGGAGUGCGGGUGGCGAUUUCAUCUCUUUCUGAGGCUCCAACAAAAGCAAAUGAAUACACAAAUCAUGGAUUGCAGUAUCUGAAAGACCUCACCAAGUGAGCGGGAACUCUCUGGUCAGCCUGGCAUUGAUAAAUCUUUUUGCGCUUUGCACUUGAGACACUAUUCUUCAAAACGUUGAAGCUCACAAGAAAGAAGAAAAAGAAACACCCAACAAAGAAAACUUAGAAUGAAAAAAAAGUUGUGAAAUUUGGCUACAAGGAGUGUACUGAGGUUCUCUAAAUUAUGGUGGCAUUAGUCAGGAGUUGCAUUGUACAUAUUGCUAGGAGGCAAAAAAAAAAAGUAUUUUAAAAGAAACUGGUCUUUCGUUUUGUGUGUACCAUCAUAUUUAAUUUUUCUCAGCUCUAUUAAACAAUAUUUUCCCAUUUGUUCUCAAACCACCCAAAUGUUAUGAAGAGAAUGUCUGUUAUGUAUAUAUGCAGUUUCACCGUUUGUGACUAAUAAUAACACAAUCUUAAAACACCA